AUGACUCACGUUUAUGCCCCAAAUACAGACCAUUUGCGCCUGUCUGAAAAUAUGUGCGACAUUGAAAAUCGAGCUAUAGUUGUUACUAUUGUUCAACUAACUAAGGAAACCACAUGUCUAAUAUUUACAGUUUUUUUGUCACAAUGGCAGAAACCGGAAGCCAGACAGGAGAAUUACAUCCAAUCUGUACAUACGGAUCACGAGAGACCAUUACUAACAAUCUCACCCAAGAAGCAUUACGGUUUGGUGAUGAUGGGUAAUCUGACGAGAUUUUUCAUCAAUAAAACAGUAAAAGUGAAAGAUGUUCUUGUCAAUCCUUCAGAACGUCAAUAUUAUCUUUUAUUGAGGAAACUCAAAGAAAAAAUUCAAGAUGGAAGAAGCGAGACUAUCUUCGACAUUGGUAUAAGUGAAGAUGGAUCGGAGGACGGUUUAGAGGAACAUGAUUACGUAGCAUCGGUAGUCACGCUUCAAGCACUUUCAUCAGAGUUAGAGGCAGAGUGUGUUCUCUUGAGAAAGAUAAAAGUUGAGCAUGGCCUAACAGGACAGUAUCUAGUUCGAAAACAAUUGGCUCAGCAAGACUUUCUGGAAAUUAGGAUUGCUGUAGUUGGAAACGUGGAUGCUGGAAAGUCAACUCUUUUGGGUGUAUUGACACAUGGACAGCUCGAUAAUGGACGUGGUUUGGCUAGGCAGAAAUUAUUUCGGCAUAAGCAUGAAGCCGAAACUGGCCGCACUAGUUCAGUGGGAAAUGAUAUACUUGGAUUUGAUGGAAUUGGCAAUGUCGUCAAUAAAAUGGAACAUGGUUCUUUGGAUUGGGCAAAAAUUUGUGAAAAAUCAUCUAAAGUAAUUACCUUUAUUGAUCUUGCUGGGCAUGAGCGUUACUUGAAAACUACCGUUUUUGGAAUGACAGGCCACGUUCCAGAUUUUGGUAUGUUGAUGGUUGGAGCCAAUGCUGGUAUCGUGGGAAUGACCAAAGAACAUCUAGGGCUUGCUUUGGCCUUAUCUGUGCCAGUUUUUGUCGUUAUAACGAAGAUCGAUAUGUGCCCACCUAAUGUUCUGCAAGACAAUCUGAAACUAUUGAUUAGAAUACUGAAAUCGCCGGGCUGUAGAAAGGUUCCAGUUACUAUUAAGACUGCGGAUGAUGUUGUUGUCAGCGCUGUCAACUUUGUGUCUGAAAGACUGUGUCCCAUAUUUCAAGUUUCAAAUGUAAAUGGGGAAAAUUUGGAUCUUCUGAAAAUGUUUUUAAAUCUGCUGUCUGCAAGGAUCAUUAGUGACGAUGAUGAACCUGCUGAAUUUCAAAUAGAUGAUACAUAUUCUGUACCAGGAGUUGGAACUGUUGUAUCUGGAACAACAUUAAAAGGUGUAAUUCGAUUAAAUGAUGCAUUAUUGCUUGGACCAGAUCCAUCAGGACACUUUUUUCAAAUAAUAAUAAAGAGCAUUCACAGAAAAAGAAUGGCAGUCCGAGAAGUACGUGGUGGACAAACUGCAAGUUUUUCACUGAAGAAAAUUAAAAGGUCACAAAUUCGUAAAGGCAUGGUGUUAGUUUCGCCCGUAUUGAAUCCGCAAGCUUAUUGGGAAUUUGAAGGCGAAAUUCUAGUAUUACAUCAUCCCACGACGAUUAGUUCACGUUAUCAAGCAAUGGUACACUGUGGAAGUAUAAGACAAACGGCCUCGAUAUUAUCAAUGUCGCAAGACUGUCUAAGAACAGGGGAUAAAGCUUUGGUUCAUUUUAGAUUUAUAAAAAAUCCAGAAUAUAUAAAAACAGGACAGCGUAUGGUUUUUAGAGAAGGCCGUACGAAAGCAGUCGGAAAUAUUUUACGUCUCAUAUCAAAUACUGGAUCUAUCUCUGUACAAAAUUGCAGAACCAACAAGUCUAACAAGGUAUAAUACACUACAGAAUGAUGUCAAACUGAUGCUUUGAUUAGCGCUAAUAAUAUAUGAACAACGAACAAUCUUCUUAAGUUAUAAAUGUCUGUACUUUUAAGAAAUUGUUAGUAGUUUGCAUACAUCACUGAGGAUAUUAGAAUAAAUAAAAAAAUUCCCU